CGAUGUGUGGUGUAAAUAGUCAAGCACGUGAGGCAGACUGUACAGCAUGUUGGCUGCUAAAAACAAGCUACCUAGUCUGUUGGGGUGCACUACAUCGGUCAUAUAAAAACAGAAACAGAUUAAAAUUUUCAAUUAAACCAAAGUUGUGAGAAUGGCAGGUGGACUGGAGCCAGGUGUUGACGCUGAGGAGUCUGCUGAAGUGCUCUGAGUCAUGGGACAGAUUUGAUUCCCGACGAGCUGUGUCAUUAUGGCCAAUAUGGACAAGCACCCGGUUUAUGGAGGAUGGGAGUUAGUGCAGCAGUUCAGGUAGUUUGCUCAGCAGUCGGGACUGUGGCUCCACGAAGAGAGCAUGUGGUGGUGUUGAAGAAAUGGAUGUUCCUGAUAAUGCUAUCGCCCACUAUCAAAGUGGUAGGGGCAUAAAGGGGGCAAGGAGAGAGAUGAUGAGGGAGCUCGCAGUUCGGCAGGGCUCGGGUGUUACUGCGGACUCGUGCGGGCGAGGCUGUUGAGCCAUUUGCGUCCAGGCGAGGUGGUCUGCCGGAGCAGAUUGAGGUUGAGGAGGAAUACCGCUGGGUUUGUUCUCCAGUGGGAUCCCAAGCCACCCAUUUGGUGUCAGAGCUCUCAGCCGCUGGCGGUUAGGAGGCUGCAGGUUUGGCAGACGGUGUGGAUGGGACUUGGCCAGGGACAGGGGAAUGCACGGGGGGAUCAGCUGGAUGGUACGGGUUGGAAACCAGUGGAUGGAUCUCAUAGGACGGUGUCCUGAUUGGUUGAGCUCACCUGUUUUUUUGAGUGCUCUGCUAUCAUGAAGCUGGAAAUGAGUGGGAGACGGGCCGAGAAGCUAGUCAGCAGGGAGUCCUUCCUCUGCAGUUCAUCUGAGAGCCAACGGAUGUUCUCCUUAAGCAAACUGGUGUGACAGCCACAUUGUUUUCACUGCAUCCUGAGCACCCGAGCUUUGAAUUUCCAAGCAGACCUCAUCAUAAUGGAGAAGGAGCAAACGGCUGGGAGUUGUCCUGCCCCGCGCCAAACUGCUGUCAGAACCUGGCUCUCCUCCAGCACAAGAGGAGUGCCCAGAACACACAGUGACACCACCUCCCGUUUUCAGGGAGAUGGGGUUCGCUACAAGGCCAAGCUGAUCGGCGUGGAUAUGGUACCUGAUGCCCAGGGAGACAAGAUGUGUUGGGAGUCCAUGAUGAAACUGAAGGGCUUUGAAGCAGCAGCAAGGAAACAGGGGAAACACAAGCAGAGAGUUUGGUUGAAAGUUUCCUCUGGCGGCCUUAAAAUUGUCGAUGAAAGAACCGGAGCUGUACUUUAUGACCAUGACAGGAUCAGGAUCAGCUCUUUGAUGAAAGAUAAGUCUGACCCCAGAGCUCUGGCCUACGUCUACCAACACCAAGACACCUACAGCCUCUUCUACAUCAAGAUGGCCAACCUGGCAGAUCCGGUCCUGGUUGACAUUGAGGAUGUUCUUCAGGUUUUGGACCAGGAGACACCACAGGAACUUUCAGAGACCAAUUCCUUACUGCUUCUACAUGACAGUUCAGCCCGUCCAGCUGAGGCCUUUUUCAGUAAAGAUUUAAUGGAAGUCUUUUCCAUCCAGACGGAGGAGCCGCUGGCCCCCCAGAGCUCGUGUACCACUCAGCAAGAGUCUCCACAGCCAUCGCUCUCCACCUCUCAGAUCCUCUCCAUGUUCCCUAUACAGCCAGUAGGGGGCUCUCCAUACUCCUCUCCCCCAUACUCUCCCACCACCAUGCCAUGGAGCCAGCAGGUGCUUCUGGGAAAUCAAUGGGCUGGUCCAGCUGUGGCGCCUUGGCCUACAAUGCCUGGCCAUAUGGUGGCAGCGUGGGCACCAGCAGGCAUGGCGGCGCCCACUGCAGGCAGCCAGAUUCUGGCUCACUGCUCUCAGCCAGGAGCCAUGAUAACUCCACCCACCACUGCCAACAGAUACCCCACCACUUUAAACUCUUCCCAUGCCCCGACUGGAGCAGCAGGAUCACUGCAGUCAGUUUCCCCCACCUUGGACCAUAAUCCUUUCCUGUCAUGAAGUGGUUAGAAUGGGAAAGGUGAAAACAUUUAAUUUCAAAUGUGUGUUUAUAUUUGCUUGAAUCUUGAAGUUGACCUUUUCUUUUAUUCACAUAUAUAAUGAAUAUUUGUGCUGCUAUUCAACAAAACCUGAAUAUUAAAACAAUCAAACAUGUCAGUCACAGUUACAGUAUAAAGUGUGCAGGACAUUUAUCUUGUAUUUAAGCUGGAAAAUACAAAAAACAAUUUGACCUGAUACAAAACAAAAAACAGAAUUGCUCUUUCCCGUAAAAACAACUGAUAGCUAAAAUUGCAAAAUAAUGUUGAUAUAGAUGUCAGCAAUUGAUACUAAUCAUGGUUUAUUCCUCCUGCUCAUGUAUGUUCAGUUUUUCAGUUUUAUCUGAUUACUUUGCCUUUCUUUGUUUGGUUCUACGUGCUAUUUUGAUUUUUCUAUAUGAAAUGAAUCACAAUUUGAAAAUUACUUUUUUCAUAAGGUUUGCUCAUAUACUGCACAUGCAGAAUUAAAUACAGAACAGACAGGGAAGCCCAUUUAACUAAACUUUCCAUUGUCUUCCUUCAGACUACAGUACGCGACUUCAUCUUGUGGUUUUUAACUAAUAUCAUGUCAUUCAUACUUUUUAGUUCAUUCAUACUUAGUAGUUCUACUUUUUUAAG